AUCUCGGGUUUUGUGGGAUUUUUGCUGGCGCAAAGUGCCCAAAAAACACGUGUGACCACGCUGAUUGCCACCAUUUGUGAGGACCAGCAGCGUUUCAUAAGCGUGCGCGAGCCCUGAGGGUCCAGCGGAGCCACUGUGUCUACAGGUGCAGAGGCAGGGUGUCUAUCAGGCGAGCGGCGCGGCGCUUGCCGCGAGCGAGCCAGAACAGACGCGAUGUCCAGAGAUGCUGCCCAGCCGUCAGCCGCGCCGGCGGCAGCGCUCGACGACGCCUGCUGCUUUGACUGCGGCGCCGCCUGCGCCCACGACCGCUGGCUCUGCGCGACGCACAACGUCUCGCUCUGCAUCUCCUGUGCCGGAGUGCACCGCGCACUAGGAGCGGGCAUCAGUUUCGUGCGGUCGGAGCGGCUCGACGGGUGCGAAACGGCAUCCGACAACGCAGCGUUCGCCGCAUAUCUUGAGGCGCACGGCGUGCCGCGGCGUGACUGGCUCGCCGCGGGGCGCGUGUCGCGGUAUUACACGCCCGCCGCCGAUCUCUGGCGGCGGCGCAGCGACGCGACGGCCCGGCUCCGCGCCGUCGAGCCCCCUGACCCCGAACUCGUGAAGCGGUACGAGGCCGCCAAGGCACCCCCGAUCUGGACGCCUGACAAAGACGCACCCGCGUGUCAAUUGUGUCGGCGCAAGUUCACGACGUACUACCGGCGCCACCACUGCCGGGCGUGCGGGCGCUGCGUCUGUUGCGACUGCUCGCCGAAGGUCUGCUGGCAGACGACGUCGCGGCGCUGCAAGCGCUGCGUGCCGCCGCCGGCGCGGUCGAUCCCCGGGCUUGGGCUCACCUAGUUGUUGUUCUGACUAAUUCUGUUACAAGUG